AGACACUUUUCAAGUGUUUUCAUUUUCAUUUCUCUUUCAUUUCGAGUUCAAGCGCUUCCUAACAAUGGCUGAUUCUACUAAGACGAGCCUCCGAGUCUUAAACCCGUGGGUCCUUCAUGUUCAGAAGCUUGGUCUCGAACUCAAAUGCCCUCUCUGCUUAAGCCUAUUUACUCGGCCAUUAUUGCUGCCUUGUGAUCACAUAUUUUGCAAUUCAUGUAUACCCAGAUCACCACAGUUUGGUUCAGAAUGCCCUGUUUGUAAAUCUGAAUGUUCUGAAGCAGACUUAAGGCCUUUGCAUUUUGUGGAAAAUUUAGUGACAAUCUUUAAAGGAUUAGAUGCUUUUUCUGGGGCCAAUCUGAGUCAUUGUCCUUCUGUUGCUGGGAGGGUUUUGGACCAAUGCCCACCUCAAGAGGAUAAUUCAAGUGGCCAAUCUGUGUCAGCAAAUAAGCUAGGUCAAGUUACAUAUGUGAGACAGAUUGCAUCUAGUAAUGGUCAAGGUCCUGUAUCAUCACAACCAAGUACCCAGAUACAGGGUGAAGGCAUCCAAGAGUGUGGAGCUGGGAAAACUGAUAUGAAUUGUGUGGAACAGACAUUGCUUGGCAGUCCCCCUUCAUUUGAUGAUAUUAAGGGGUCAGAUAAUGAAAGUAGUGAUCAGGGCAGUGAGCAUAGUCCUGAAACUUAUGCAGCCAAUAGGCCAAUCAAGAAAAGUUUUGAUGGUAGGAAAACGCUGGAACAUGGGUUUUCUGCUUCAGAAGUUGAAGAUCAUUUGAGGGACUCCAAGAGACAAAAGAAAUUGAACUAUAGUUGUGAGGAUAUGUGUGUGAAAAGUGCUGGUAAUAUUCAAUCAAUGGUUUUGUCAAGUGAAAGAAUGGUGGCUUCAAAUCCUGUAUUGGAACCUAAAUCUGGAGUACCUGUUGUGGGUGCAACACUGCCUAAAAUUUCAGAUAGCUCUCAUGCAUUAAAAUUUAUCUGUGGAUUUUGCAAGACCAGUAAAGUCUCAGAGGCAACUGGCUCCAUGUUGCAUUAUGCUAAUGGGAAGCAAGUAAUGGGAGAUGAUGCAGCCUGUUCAAAUGUUAUUCAUGUUCACAGUAAAUGCAUUGACUGGGCACCACAAGUAUAUUAUGAUGGAGAGAUGGUUAAGAAUUUGAAAGCAGAAUUGGCUAGGGGUGCACAGCUUAAAUGCAAUGCAUGUGGCAAAAAGGGUGCAGCAUUAGGCUGCUACAUGAAAUCUUGUCGGAGAAGCUAUCAUUUUCCCUGUGCUUUGGAAAUUCCCAAAUGCCGAUGGGAUAAUGAAGACUUUCUUCUGCUCUGUCCAAUGCACUCUUCAGUCAAAUUUCCAAAUGAGAAGUCCAGAAACUGUGUUGUAAGGAAGGAUCCUGUGCCAUUGCAAGUAACUCCACAGCAGUGCAACUUUUGGUCUGCCUCGCCUUAUAAAGCAAAGAAGUGGGUUUUAUGUGGAUCUGCUUUGUCUACUGAUGAAAAGAUUCUUUUGGUCAGGUUUGGGAGCAAGUUUGGUGUAACUGUGUCCAAGGUCUGGAGGCCAGAUGCCACACAUGUGAUUGCAGCCACAGAUGAAAAGGGUGCAUGCAUGAGGACAUUGAAAGUUCUCAUGGCCAUUGCGAAUGGUUGUUGGGUUCUUAAGAUUGACUGGAUAAAAGCUUGCAUGGAAGCCAUGCGUCCUGUAUAUGAAGAGCCUUAUGAAGUUAGUCUUGACAAUCACGGAUGUCAAGAUGGCCCAAGAACUGGCAGACUCAGGGUGUUGGAAAAAGCAUCAAAGCUCUUUGAUGGCUUAAGUUUCUUUUUUUCUGGUGACUUCAUUCCGGCUUUUAAGGAAGAUCUCCAAAGUUUGGUUAUUGGUGCGGGAGGACUAGUUUGGAAGAGUGAGAUUGAAUUGCUGGCACAAGAAAGAAACGACAAGGGAUCUCAUUCAAAGAUACUAAUUGUCUAUAACCUUGAUUCGCCACAUGGAUCCCAAUUAGGAGAAGAGGUUUCAAUAAUUUGGAAGAGACUAAAUGAAGCACAGGAAUUGGCAAACAAAGUUGACUCCCAGGUGAUUGGUCACACUUGGCUUUUAGAAUCAAUUGCUGCACAUAAGUUGCAGCCUCUUGUCAGCUGACAAGCAUUCACGACUACUUUUUUGUAUACAAUUAUGCCCAUUAGAGUUAUAAUUUAUUGUCUACCGACCAAAAAUUAACAGCCCAGAUAACAUGUACUCUGAUAUGCGUGUAAAAGCCUUAGAAGAAUAAAUUUCAGUUUUCAUGUUAAGGACAUCUCGUAUCCUUGGGUAAUCUGUAACAACUGUAAUAUCUUGAGGCGUUUGUAUUUGAUUGCCUCUCAAUAUCAUAUGAAUAUGCUCAUUUUUUUCUAGCAA